CUUAUGAACUCGCGAACAAUGAGAUUUGAUUUCUCAUCCGCUUCACAUUCGAUAUGAAACCACAGAUACUCCUCCGAUCAGGCAUUCGGUUCUACUCAAAGCCCUCACGGAAACACCGCUCCUACACCUCCGUCACCACCGAACUCAAUAUCUCAAACGAGUUCAUUACUAUCCUAUCCAAGAAGAAACCUAUAGAGCAGCUCGUCCCCUUCCUAUCUCACAAACUCAUCACAUCGAUAAUCAAAGGCUGCAUCCCAUUUGAAGGUGCAUUUUCAUACCAGCAUGCACUGACUUCGUAACUUGUGAUAACAUUUCAUGACGUAUGGUUGCUUGAUAUUUCAUUAAUUUUGCAUGAUGGUGCAAAGAAAGUAAUCAUUUCUGCCCCUUCAGCUGAUACGCCCAUGUUUGUUGUUGGGGUUAAUGAGAAGACAUACCAACCAAACAUGGAUAUAGUGGUCUCCUUCAUUUGUGUUUGUUUACUUACUCAUACAUCAUUCAUUGCUAAGAGCUUCGUUAAGGUCCACUUAAUUGUUUUUUUUUUUUGGCUCUUGAAGGCUUUGAUGGCAACUGUGUCCACGUUACUACUGAUCUAUGUAUUUGGGUUGUCGUAUCUAUGUUUAUCUGAAGUUUUUAUAAGUGGACAAUACUCCUUGUUCAUCUACACUGGAAAGAAGAAAUGGUCCACAUUUCAGUUCCACUACUUUUGCUCCACCAUGAGUACACAGCCACGUAUGUUCUUAUUCUCUUAUCAAAAUAUUAAAAAAUGUAUUUGCUUGGUGCAUAUCUAUCUCUCAUUCUCUUGAUAAUACAAAAUUUCUCUACGUUUUCUAUCUUAAAAAAAUGUUCUGAAUUUGUUUUAUAUACAUAAAAGUUAUAAUUUACACACUAUUGAUAUACAUAGAGAGACACGUAUGUGACAACUAUUAAACUCCCAAGAAAGAAGCAACAAUAUUUGUUUGUCACGUAACUUCCCCCAGAAAAUCAGCAGAGAAAAAGAUAUCGAUGAAUAUGGAGACGACGAAGGAGCAGCAUCUCGGCGUUAGUGGACAAGACUACAUUGUCGACCUUUUGCCGAACGAUGACGAUGACCACUCGUCGCCACCGUCUUCGUGGCGUCUCAGCCUCGACACGUUCCGCCUUCCUUCUUCUUCCCCCUUGUCCUCUCGCCGUACUCGCUUGUCCCGUUAUCUCCGGACUCCAAAAAAGGAACGUAAAGUCUCUGAGUACUACAAGAAGCAAGAGAAACUUCUUGAGGGUUUCAAUGAGAUGGAAACAAUCAACGAAACUGGUUUUGUCUCUGGAGCUCCAUCUGAGGAAGAGCUGAAGAAGCUUGCCAAGAGCGAGAGGCUUGCAGUACACAUCUCAAACGCAGCGAACCUUGUGCUCUUUGUAGCCAAAGCUUAUGCUUCCGUGGAGAGUAGAUCUAUGGCUGUGAUUGCUUCAACUUUGGACUCUCUCUUGGAUCUCUUGUCUGGUUUUAUCCUGUGGUUUACUGCAAACGCCAUGAGCAAACCAAACCAUUUUCACUAUCCUAUCGGUAAACGAAGGAUGCAACCUGUGGGGAUCAUUGUGUUUGCAUCUGUCAUGGCAACUCUUGGGCUACAAGUGUUGCUAGAGUCAACAAGGCUACUUGUUUCCAAGAAAGGUCCUAAUAUGAGUAGCGCCGAGGAAAAAUGGAUGAUUGGAAUAAUGGCAUCUGCUACAGUCGUCAAGUUUCUUCUCAUGCUUUACUGCAGGAGUUUUCAAAACGAAAUCGUCAGAGCCUAUGCACAAGACCACCUCUUUGAUGUUGUCACCAACUCGGUGGGUUUAGCAACAGCUGUCUUGGCUGUAAAAUUCUACUGGUGGAUUGAUCCCUCUGGUGCUAUUCUAAUUGCUUUGUAUACAAUCAGCACAUGGGCAAGAACGGUACUAGAGAAUGUUCAUUCGCUUAUUGGACGCUCUGCACCGCCAGAUUUCUUGGCGAAGCUAACGUUUUUGAUAUGGAACCAUCAUGAGAAGAUUAAACACAUUGAUACAGUGAGAGCCUACACGUUUGGGUCACACUACUUUGUUGAAGUUGAUAUUGUUUUGCCAGAGGACAUGAGGCUACACGAAGCUCACAACAUCGGAGAGACUCUUCAGGAGAAGCUAGAGCAACUCUCUGAGGUCGAGAGGGCUUUCGUUCAUAUUGACUUUGAGUUCACUCAUCGUCCCGAACACAAGUACAAGUAAACCAUAGAAUAAAUCCAGACAAGAGAUCCAAGAGAGAGUCCAAAGUUGAAGCAAUCACAGCCAUAGGUCUAUCUACUCUCCACAGAAGCAUAAAAAUUUGCUACAAAGAGCACAAGGUUUGCUGCGUUUGAGAUGUGUACUGCAACCUCGCGCUCUAAGCAAGAUUCAAGAAGAAAAGAGUGGAACCUCAGAUGGAGCUCCAGAGAGACAAAAACCAUUUUCAUUGAUUGUCUCCGUCUCAUUUAAACCUGAAGCAGCUUAUCUUGCUUCUUGUAGUACUGAGAGACUUACCGUACCUUUUCUGAUUUCCGACAAGAAAGAAAAGUAAAACCCAUGUCUUAAGAUUAUGUAUAUGUUCACUGAUGAUCAAAGCAUAUAUAUAUAUACACAUCCGUGAUGGAUUUCAAUCA